AUGCAGUUUUCUCCGCCAUCAUGGUGUGACCAUCUCCGGGGUCUUACCUCUAAACACGGGGUGGGUGCCCGCUUCUGCUGCCCUUUCGGCACUGGUUUUGACCUAGCUCUUCCGCUCGCGUUCCGACUCGACUUUGCACCGGUUCUCGGCAAGCUUUUGUCCCGCAACGGUCUUGGGCACCCCGACAACGUGGCAGAUCGCAUUCCCCUAAACGAGUUCCGCCUGGCCCGCGGGUAUAUACACUUGCACUCUCAUUUGAUGACAGGCAGAUUCAUCACUGUGGAGUAG